AGUAGAACAGAGCAACAUGAAAAGAGGAAGUUUAUCUAUACUGAACUCUUUUAUAGGGACUCUUUUGCUGAAAGUCCUAAAGUCAGUCAUAGUGAAGACUUCUGGAGAAGGACCAGGAAAUGGGCAGCCUAGCAAGACAGAAAACUUUUACGAAGUUUCUGCUGCAUCCUGACAAACACAAGACUUCAUCCAGCCAAGAAGACUCAGAAGGUAUGUUUAAGUCUUUUGACCUCCGCACGAUAAUUAUGUUCGCCAUUGGUAGCGGGAUCCUGGCGGCCAUGCUCAUGCUGAUAGGACUGGUCCUCUGUCUUUACGUCAAACUCUCCAAGGCACUGAAAGCUGCAAAGGAAUGCUGUUCAAACAAGUUCCAGAGUAAGGGAAACCCACCUAAAGGCAUCACCGAGACUUCUCCUGCCCUCCAGUGCUGUGAUGAAUGUAGCAUGUAUACAGAUUAUGAUUCCCUGCCACCUUGCCUUUGUGGCACAAAUGAGGGACUCUGACAUGGGGAUGGUGGACAUAAAAAUCUUGAGCAAUAUUU